AUAAAACGGGAAAACCCGAAAGCCACGGCGAUCACAAAACCUCAGUGUCUUGCCCCGUGCCGGCGACAUCCCUUCGCGCCCGUCCGCUGCACCAGUCGCAACGAACGGUUCUCCUCGCGUAUUUGCCGCACAUACACGGUUCGAAAAAAAAAACCCCCGAAAAGCGUAACAUUUUUUUUCCGCUCUGCCGAGCAAACCUUUAUAGAAAAAAGGAAAAAACGAUUUUCAAUUAUUUUCCAACACAUUUUCACCGUUACACAACCGCGAUAUCCGGCUUUUUGUCUGGAAUUUAUUCAGAUUUUCAGUCGUCAUCUCGAUCGCGGUCCAAUAAUCAUCGUCGAUAAUAUUAUUCACGUCCCGUUUCUUGUUUGAUUCGCUGUCCACAAUCAUCAUCGCCUUCGUCCCCAUUCCCCUCCCCGGAGAGGAGUGACAGAGCACAGAGCUGUCCGUCGCCACAACGCAGAAGACAGGAAGACUGAACAAGCAAACUAAGCUGUCCGCACGAGGUUUGAGUGAAACCAGUGAAUGUUUAAGAACUAUCCAGCCGACCGAAUCAAUCGCCCAUGAAAGCGGGCCGCAACUAACUCGACUUUUGCCACUUCACCCGCACACCCACACGCCGGAAGUCGUUGUUUUCGACCCGCACUUCUCGUAGGAGAUCGCGAGAAGUCGAACGCCAUCGUCGCUGGCGCCGACGCGCCAACACCGCUGCGGGACUCGACAUCGUCGUCACCUGCACACUCGCCACUGGAACUCCCUAGCGUCGGGUUACCCCGAUAAUUACCGGAUCCGUGGUAUAUACCGCGAUGACGACGACGACCGCCAGCUUCGCCGCAACCAUAACGACCGUCCGGUCGUAAAGGAACGGGCGCGGUAUCGGGCGGAAGUGUGGUGCUCGGGGAACCGGAAGCGCGAGAGAACAGUCAAAUAAGACGUCGGCGGGGGCACGGACGACCCGAUGGAAGAAGAAAACUAUACGGCCGUGGUGCCCACCUACCUGACGGGACUGUUCGACUUCAACGGAACGGAGGAGGACGGCAACGAGACCAACUAUCUGAACGUGACCACCGAGAUGCCUGUCCGGUACGCCCGGCCCAUGUACGGGUACGUCAUGCCGUUCCUGUUGCUGGUGACCAUCGUGGCCAACACGCUGAUCGUGGUCGUGCUGUCCAAGCGGCACAUGCGCACGCCCACCAACGUGGUGCUCAUGUCCAUGGCCCUGUCCGACAUGUUCACGCUGCUGUUCCCGGCCCCGUGGCUGUUCUACAUGUACACCCUGGGCAACCACUACAAGCCGCUGUCACCUGUCGAAUCGUGCUACGCUUGGUACGCCAUGAAUGAGGUCAUACCGACGCUGUUCCACACCGCGUCCAUCUGGCUCACGCUCGCCCUGGCCGUCCAGAGGUACAUAUACGUGUGCCACGCACCAGUGGCCAGGACAUGGUGUACAAUGCCACGGGUUCUUAAGUGCGUCGCCUGGAUAUCAGUAAUGGCAUCAUUACAUCAAUCUACUAGAUUUGUGGACAGAACAUACGAGCCAAUCAAAAUAUCAUGGAGAGGACAAGACUCGGUUGUCGUGUGUAGGAUGAAGCACGCAUAUUGGGUUGAACAUUGGGUCACACUUGACGUAUACUUCACUCUGUACUAUGCUUUCCGUGUGAUCUUCGUGCACACUGGACCGUGCAUAUCUCUGGUAGUGUUAAAUCUUCUUCUGUUCAGGGCUAUGAGAGAUGCGCAAUUAAAAAGAGACAAAUUAUUCAAAGAGAACAGAAAGAACGAAUGCAAACGUCUAAGAGAUUCUAAUUGCACAACAUUGAUGCUCAUUGUCGUUGUGACGGUUUUCCUAAUGACAGAAAUUCCAUUGGCUGUAGUAACGGUGUUGCACAUAAUAUCAAGCAGUAUCAAAGAAAUACUCGACUAUUCGGUGGCCAAUCUAUUGGUGUUGUUCACCAAUUUCUUCAUCAUCGUCAGCUACCCGAUCAACUUCGCCAUUUAUUGCGGCAUGUCCAGACAGUUCCGGGAAACGUUCAAAGAGCUGUUUAUCAGAGGCUCGGUGCAGAUAAACCGUAAACACGGGGCGGGCGGCAGCUCCCGUUAUUCAUUGGUCAACGGACCUAGAACAUGUACCAACGAAUCGCUUUUGUAAAUUCAUUGCGAAAGCUUAUAAUUAUUGCGCACGCGCACGAUCUAAUUUUAAAACCACCCGUCUGACAAAUGGGUACUUAUGACGUACUGCGAUUGCAAUAACCAGCGGACAUCGGUACCUAUCCAUGAAAACAAAAAAAAAAACUAUACUAUCUACUUAUAGUUGUACAUAUUAUUAUUAUUAUUAUAUAUUAAACAUAUUACCUAUUAUCCGGUUUAGAUGGAUUGGAAAGGGGGAAGGGAUAAAAGUUAUUUAUAGUUAGCACAAUUUUUGGACGUUCAAAAGUCCCAUUCACAGCAGUAUACAUCGACAUUAAUUGUUGAUAUCAUAUAAAUGAAUUAUGCAUUAUAUAAUUUGCAUAUAAUUUUAUUCGAUCUUUGUAAUUGUACCUACCUAUAUGUCAUUUCGUACUAGAGUUCUGUCCCAAACCCGUCAACUGCUUCCAAAAAUUUAGAGAAAUACCUAUUAAAAAUAAAUUAAUUUUAAAUUUGAAUUAAUUCAUUAAUUCUUUAAUUGAGUAAUUAUGUAAUCAAUUUAGUUUUUUAGCAGAUAAUGCAAUGACAACGUUUAUUUUUUAAUUUUAUCUCUAUAGCAGCGUGUUGAUUUGAAAUGUAUAAUAUCCCAAUAUUAAAUAAAUUAAAAAUAAAUUAAAAAUAAUCAAACACCGUGAAAAUCGUUGAUUGUUAUUUUUUCCUAGUAAGAUAAAUUGCUAUACAGACCCCUUUCAUAUAAAAUGAUUUUUUUUUAAUUAUCUUUAUGGGAUAUUAACAAUUGGCACAAUGUAAGUUAUUUAUCAUUCGAUUUUUUUUAUUUUUUAUUUUUAUUUUUUUGUUGUUGUUCGAAGCGAGAACAGAUGAAGGGAUUAUUACGUGCAAUUAAUUUUCCUUAAAGCAAUCAAUUUAUGUCAAACAACAUUAUUUAUUUAUUAUUACUUCUUUAUUCACUUUUUUUUUUGUUACUACAUAUAGAUUUCUAGUUAUUUUACGAAAGUACCUAUCUCACCAUAUGUUUACCGAGAAUAAUCGUAACCCGUUUUAAAUCAAAUACAAUUUAGUGUAUUUUGUUUUGUAAUCUUAAGCCUAAUCAAAUUUACCUAGUUUGCUAUACGUAUUUAAAAUUACUUUAAAUUAAUUUUGUUUGUUUCAAAAAAUGUUAAACCACCAAAGGAUUAAGACUGUAUCAACCGUUCAGAAACACGAUUGAAUAAUAUCUAUAUUAUUGAUGAAAUGUCCAAGAAACCAUAAUAUUUUUGAUGAAUAAAAUAGAGAUUUUUAUUUAUUCAGAGAAAAUGAUUAACAUGGAAGAUGGUAAAUAGUACAUAAUAUUAUAAUGGCUACAGCAGUAUCAAAUGUCUAAAUCAAUCAUUGCACUCAGUGUUUUGCACAAAUAUAUUAUCAUUUUAUUAUAGUGUUAUAGCUUUUCAUAUUUCUCUGGACAAAUUUUACUAAUAGUUGACUUAAAAAAAAAUUGUAUUUCCUAUAAUGGUGUAGAGGAUAAUAUCUAAUAUGAUAUUCAUUAUAGAAUCAUUCAAUUAUACUACGCAAUUUAUCAUUAUUUCAAAAACCCAAUCAAUUUUUUACCUUGGCCUAUAAAAUAUUUUUAUUUUACAUUUCUUCAACCACUUCUGAUUUAAUUGUUUUUGAUUUGUUUGUUAAACAAACGUAAACAAACGUACCGUUUAAUUUAAGCUAUUCACUAAUAAAUUAAUAAAUGCCUAGUGGUAUUUUUAAGGUAAUGUUAUUUUAUUAAAAUCAACUAAACCAUCAC